GCCUGUUCUUUGGGUACUAUGGAAAUCACCUAAAGAUCCUUGGAUAUUUAUGAGGGGUUCAAUCUUAUGUGCUUUUGGUGCAUUUUUAUUUGGAUGGCAUGUUCAUGAAAAAGCUAUUCUCAUGGUUAUUUUACCAUUGACGCCUUUGGCUCUUUUUCAACGUUUUGAAGCUGAAGUAUUUUUAUUUUUGGCAACUAUUGGCCAUUAUUCUAUUUUUCCACUUCUUUUUAAGGCAGCAGAAACUCCCAUCAAGAUAUUUCUUUUGUUGCUACACAGUGUAUAUGCAUUUACAGCUUUAAGUAGAAUACAUCGACCAAGAAAAACAGAUGGUUUUCUUCCACUAUUGAAUACCCAAGAGAGCUUAUUUCUUUUAGGAUUAAUACCUUUACAGAUGUAUUACAGUUUCGGAAAUAAGUUAUUAGGAUUGGAUCAGCGUUUGCCCUUUUUACCAUUACUUUUAAUAUCCACAUAUUGUGCCUUUGGUAUUUUUCAGAUGUGGAUUAAAAUGUAUAAAGAUUAUACACAAUAUAAAACUCCUGUACUUUUUACGAUGGAUGGAAAAGAGCUGAAAAAAUCAUAAAAAUAUUUGCAAAAUAUUUUCUGAAAUGCAAAGAAGUUAACAUGUGGGAAGUUUUACUUUAAAAAUAAAUAUAAAUUUAUUUAUUUUGCAUUAUUUAUUAUUUAUAUAUACAUAUAUAUAUAAUUUCUCAUUACCUAAAAUUUUCUAAGUCAAAAUGUUUGUUUUGUUAUGUGUGAUUCACAAUAACAUAUCAAUAUUUUUAAUUAAGUGCAAUUUUGAAGUUGAUUUUAACAUACAAGUUUUAUAAUUAUAUAAAGUUAAAAAAAUUUUAAAAAAUGCUCUUUAAACUAUAUAAUAUAUUGUAAAAAUUAUUAA